AUGCCUGUAGUGUGGGACGACAAAGCUGAUGCAUUGCUACUUGCAUCUAUUCUGGCCACAGCAAGUGCCAAAGUCGACAAUGCUGCUGUCGCUAAGAUGAUGGGCGGUGAAUACAACGCGCUGGCCAUCAAGAACCGCAUUGCCCGCAUCAAACUGAAGGCAAAGGCGCCCAGCAGUGACACGGAGACCCCGGCGAAUACUCCACAGAAACCAAAGACAGCCAGACCAGCAGGAGAGAAGAAACGCAAGGUCAAGGAUGAAACUGAGACUGAGCAAAGCGAGGCUGCCGACCAGCAGGCUCCGAAGAAAGGCAGAAGAGCCGUCAAGACUGAGGUCAAGGACGAAGUCAAGGAGGAAGAUGGCUGCUGA